GUUAAGCAGAACAGGGGGAACAACGGAGAGAAACAGGGAAAGUAGAUACUGAAAAAAUACAUAAAAAAAUUAUAAAGUAUAAAUAAUAAAGAAACAUACUAACUGACUAGAAACAAAGUGUUAACAGUGAUAGCAUAUCUACUGCGUCUUGCAAAAAAGCUAAAAAAUGAAGAUGUACCUAAGAACAAUACUGUGUUUCGUUUUCGUGGCAUACAGCCAGUCACAAGGUGGUUAUGAAGGAAGAGCUAGGAUUGUAAAUAAGCCCUUCAUAGGUAACCAAAUUCAGCACGACAUCGGAAAAGCACAAGUAGUCGGUGGCCAACUCAGACACGACACGGCAAAGGCUGUCGCUGUAGGACAACAACUGGAACACGAUGUUGCCAAGGCGACCAUUGGCGGUGGUGUGCAUCCUGGGGUCGGUAACUUCGGUCUUAUGGGAAUCGCAAACGAUGGUAUGAUGCCAGAUGAUAUUUCUAGCGUGAUUGGAAGUACUAUCUUAGGUAGACCCCUUACCGCCGGUGAAAUGAUUGGUAACGUCCUUCUUCCUAGACAUGGUGGUACUCUGAACCCUGACGGCAUUGCCAAUGGAUUCGGCGCAGUCAUGCCUAAUGGACCAUAUAAUCUCGAUGACGGUUGGACAGAUCCUCUCCAAGGCAUGCCAUACCCAUCUGACUUCAACGGCCAGGAACUCGUGCUUGACCCCAUCACGAACAGAUACGUUUACGCUCCCGGUUCUGUUGGACAUCAGGUCGUCAAGGGCGGCAUGGGACCGGUGAACCCAACUCAACACAAUAUUGUCAAGGCCACUGUAGGAGCAGUUAAUCCAAUUCAGCACGAUAUAGCCAAGGCAUCCAUCGGUGGAGUUAUUCCUGCCGGAAAGCCCAUCUUCAACGAUGGUAUGGUAAACCGCGGACCAUUUGGUGUUUCCGCUGGAACCGUCGGUGUGGAUCACCCAAGUGUUAUUUCCCACAACAUUGGUAAAGCAACCCUCGGUGCCGAUGCUGUUCAAGGACACAACAUUGCGAAGGCAGCUCAAGUGCCAGUAGGAACCGGAUUCAUCAACCCCAACGGACAUGUGGCAAGAAAGAUCGAAGGCGAAGUGAUGCACGACGUUGCCAAAUCAGGUUUUGGUGGCCCUAUGGUCGGCGGAGCUAUGGUAGGAGUUCAGCAACAUGGCAUGAUUGGAAUCAGUCCCAUCGGCGGAAUUCACAGACCAGGAGUACCGAUGGGUGUAAAUGUUGUCCACGACGUCAACAAAAUUGGAGCUUCCGGAGUAGCUACGAUCGGUCAUGACCCACUUGCUUCCUCGCUCGGACAUGGUUUGGCAAAGGGAUCUAUUGGCGAUGCUGCAAACAUCAUUGACAUGAAAACCGGCGGCGCCGUUUCCAUGGACAACCCGAUCGCCAACGCCGCUGCUGCCAACCUUGCCAGGGAGUCCCUCCACGUCGCCCAGAAGACCAUUGGUUUGACUUCUGGUGGCAACCCCGUGAAGGCUCCAACCGGAUACGCCGGGCGCUCACGUGAUUAGUAAAUCAUAGACAAACCUAGCUUCUACGACGUGCAAUAUCAAGACUCAAGCUAAGGUCCACACUCGGACACAACUGAGAGGCUACGGCAACCGUGUGAUAGUUUGAUAUGUAAAGGAUUUUUAGGGAGAAAAAAGAAAAAAAAAAAGAAAAAUAA